AGCCAUAGGCGUCAGCAUAGCCUUUUGACUUCCAAGACCGCAGCAGUUGACUUGAUUCCCCUUCGGAAGAUCGUGAUUCAAAGCUUUCAAGAGUCUAGUACAGCAUGAGAAGGGAGCAGGACGGCAGUAUAAGCAGUGCAAACGGUCUUGGCAGAGACAUAGAGGCCCAUGGACCAGAUACCAUCCUUUAUUAUGCACGAGCUGGGGACCUGGACGGAAUGAUGGCCAUGGUACAGGAGGACCCGAGCCAAGCGAAUUACCAGCGGAUCGUCACCCCCCUUAUGUGGGCGAGUUACUGUGGGCACGCGCACAUUGUCUCAUUCCUCCUGGAAUGCGGCGCGCACAUCGACCAGGCGGAGGAAGGAAAAUCACGCACGGCCCUCUACCUAGCCUCGGGACGUGGCCACGUCCAUGUGGUGUCCCUCCUUCUGGAAAAAGGCGCGAACCCGACCUUGAAACGUAAAGGUGGCUGGUGCCCGUUGUCGGUUGCGGCCAGCGAGGGCCACGUGGGCGUGGUCCGCGUCCUCUUGGCCAACCCCAGGGGGCGAUUCGAGCAUUGUUGA